AGGAACUUAAACAGGUUUGUAACAGACGAAGGUUUAGUAAACACAAACUAUUCCAUUGACAACUAUUCCUUUAAAGCUAGUGAUGUGAAACCCUUUAUGCUUAGUUUAAUGUUUUUCAAUUUAAUGUUUACUUGCUAAAUUUAUUACUUUUUUAAAGUUUGCACAAAACAGAAAAACAGUCAACAACAAAAAACAAGUAUACAAACAAACAUCCCCAACACUAAUUUCCCUUUUGUGGCUUUAACAGUCUGCAAACAUCAAAGUCCUCAAGCGUCACACAAAUAAACAGCAAGUGCACGGAUAUGGUGCAUACACAACUCCAAUACAGUGAUAACAAACAAAUAAAAUAAAUAAAAAUGUGAAAAAGAAGAUGCGAAAAGAUAUACGAUACACAUAAAAAGUGAACCAUUCAGUGUGUAAUAGCAGAAAGGUUCUGUAUACCUUUAUUACACACAAGCCCAUUGUGAAAGGCAUUACAAAGUUACCGUGAGAUGAAAGUAAAGGAAAAAAGAUAGGGUGUGCAGGGGGACCUUUUGAGAUUGUAUGGGAUUAAAUAUCCUCCUCCUCUUAAGAACUGUAAAUAGUCAAUGUAUGAAAGAAAGGGAGACCGUGUUUCAAAAGCUGAAUCAAAUACAUCACGUCUUUGAUCCAUCUACUAUGUGUGGGGGCUCAGUGUUUUCCAAUAGAGAAGAAUUAAAUGCCUUGCCAAUAGUGUGGUGAAAGCAAUUACUCUACAUAUUUCUUCUUUAAACACAAUAUUUUCAGGGCUGGUUUCAAAAAUUGCCAACAAGGCUUCAAGUUCAAUAAGAAAACCAUACAUGGAACUAACCAUUUAAACAUAUCUUUCCAAAACCUACCUAGAUUUGGGCAGAACCAGAACAUGUGGGUGGUUGUGGCUGGUGAAUUUGAGCAUCUACUGUCAUUACUUUUUAAAAGAAUUGUACUGAAUUCAAACUUCUGAAGACUUGGUCUAUUUUGUUGUUGGUUUUAGUCAAUUUUAGUAAUUUUAGUAAUUUUGAAGUUCUCUCUUUAGCAAAUUACAGUCACACACUGAUCUCAUUGAUAAGGAAUUAAUUGUGUACUUUGUCUUUAAUUUGACUACGUAACUGAGAGGCUGAAACAUGUUUCAACUGCAGCAUUACGCCAGAGUAUUACUCAAGAAUUUUACUGAGUCACUUAUGAAAUGCUGGAGAUUCUUACUUGUCAAUAAGACCAGAAUUUCACCAUUUUCUUUAUAAAGUUAUAAGGUGAAGGCCAGAACACACACUACACAGUGAUGCUGUUUAAAACCUGAUAGAAGAUACUGGAGUAAAAUCUGAGGUGAGAAACCGUUAAUGAACAUGCAUUAUAGAUCUCUGUGUUCCACUUUAAUAAACUCUGUUGUUAAAUGCCCCAAACACUAUUGUGAUGCUUAAUGUUUCGUAUUUUUAAUCUUAAAGAAAUCUUUGUACUUAUUCGGCAACUGUGCUUUUCUUGAAGAUGGACAAAUCAAAGCCAUCGCUAUUCCUGACAACACUAUUAGUGAUAUUAACUCUUGUUGUCCUGGGAGUUUUGAUUGCUGCCAUUGGAAUAGGAGCCAACUUUCUGAGAGACUGUCCUGUUCAGCCUAACAUCCCUGUCUACCUCAUAGUCUUAGGCGUAUUUUUUUUGCUGGCUCUGAUUGGGAGCCUGGGCUUACUGUAUGGUCUACAGGCUAAAGACACCUAUGAGAUGCUGCUGUUGUCUAUGCUGGUCAUCUCCAUCAGCUUUAUCCUUUACCUGUUUGUAGUCUGCUGGUUCAUCACAGGGAGUGUCUGGAUAUAUUCUGGUUAUCCUCCCAGUUAUGACCCAACAAUUGAACAAAAUUACUGCAACAAAACUCUGUACCUCUUUGCUUUCUGGUUAAACACAGUCUGUUAUGGCUGCCUAGCCAUCUUGUUUCUUUUUAGUGGAUGUACAGUGCUUUAUAUGUGUGUAAAACCUUAUUUUCAAAGACCACCUUUAAACUCUCAGCUAGAAGCGUAAGAUUAUUUCUUUUUGUAUUGUAUCAUGAUUGUAUUUCAAAUCUGUUCAGAGGACAUAUGUAUGUUUUUACUAAGAAUCAAAGCCAUGGCCUUCAUAUCAUCUAUCCCACAGUAUCUUCUACCAGUGUAGGGCUACAAAAAAGCAACUUUUUUCAGUGAACUGAUUUGACAUAAUCUGUAUAGUUCUGUAUUUCCAUCCAGAUCAAAAUGAAGACCUGACUGUAAUGUAUGUUUUACUCAGAAAUGAUUGGUGUAAAUAUGUAUAACUGCAGUGUAAAAUAUUCAUAAUAUUAAUAUUUUAUGAAUUGAUGAUUCUGUUAAAAGGUGGUUCAUCUUGUUUCAGUUUGGGUUUGCUUACUCAACAUUUCACCAAAGGAAGUGUUUCAGAGCUUCUGGGCAAGUCUGUAAACCACAGAACUGUGAAAACAUACUGCUUGACUAAGAGCAACUGUGCAGUUUAACUUGGAUGUCUUAUUCACAUCUUCUUUAUGGAGGUCAUUCUGCUCCUAUUUAAACGUCUAGUUUCCCCCACAAACUUGUCAAAAUAAAAAGAGACAUUUAACAGUAAUUAAUUAAGGAGCUGCUGAAGAUGGAGAUGACUGAGACUGCUGCCAGAAAAUCUUUCAUUGGUAAGAAGGCCAGCAAAGCUUACAAUUUACAUUUUACAACUAUUAAUAAAUUACAAACAAUAAUAAAA